AUGAAUACAACCUACGAGCUCGAGAAGCACGUGACUGUAUACGCACUUGACGUGUACUUGCAGGCCACACCGAGGGGGUCUACCCAAGACAACGACGAUAAAAGGACGUCGGACCACGUACAGACAGAGCAGGCGUCCACGUCGGCGGAGCACCGCUACUCGGCCUUCCGCGAGCUGCGAGAACAUGUGGGCGAGGCAGUCGCAGCCCCCAAAGACAAGUCCCAUCCCUAUUGGUGUCCCUACUGUUCGCGUGUCCGGGAAGUGCUACGUCGCGCAGUCACGGCGCAGCGUCCUGGUGUGUUUAUUGACCAGCUACUGCACGCUGCUAGAGAUAUGUCCUAUCGGUCCGGGUGUGACCCUUGCGGCCGGUUUGAAGCCGUGUCGGGGCUAUUGAGUGACUUUAUAACACCAAUGACGAUGAUGACGAAGGAACGUAUGAGGUCAGGAACGGCGAUUUAG